ACGCACAGCCAGGAAGCAACCAAGGCAAGGGUUAAACCUCCCUUCCCACAACCACCACCACCACCUUUAAAAGAAGGUGCUAAAGGGGUGUCCUGCAAAGAAAAGGAGAGGAGUGCCCCCUAACCUUUCCCUGCUUUCCACUGAAAUCUCCUAUCCGCAACCAUACAGUUGCUCAAUUCUGGUCUCAGCUGCAGCCCAAUCAUUCAUCGAUAUAUACCUCACUAUACCCUCCCUUAUAGUUCCCACCCUUUGAGCCAUGAAUCCCUGAAGAAGAUGUCUGUGCUACCGGAGAAGGAUUAGCUGUGCAGAAUUUCGCAAGCGAAACCUGCCAGCUGUGUGAAUUUCAAGCUCCGAGGUCUUGCAUUGCACUGAAAUGGGGAGGCAUUCUUGCUGCUACAAGCAAAAAUUGAGGAAGGGGCUCUGGUCCCCUGAGGAGGAUGAGAAGCUCAUGAAUCACAUAACCAAACAUGGCCAUGGCUGCUGGAGUUCUGUUCCUAAACUUGCAGGGCUCCAAAGGUGUGGCAAGAGCUGCAGGCUGAGGUGGAUAAACUAUCUGAGGCCUGACCUCAAGAGAGGUGCAUUCUCUCAGGAGGAGGAAGACCUCAUCAUUGAGCUCCAUGCUGUUCUUGGGAACAGGUGGUCUCAGAUUGCAGCUCAGCUGCCUGGGAGGACUGACAAUGAGAUCAAGAAUCUCUGGAACUCUUGCAUCAAGAAGAAGCUGCGGCAGAAAGGCAUUGAUCCCAACACCCACAAGCCCCUCUCUGAUGCUGAUCGCAGGGGAGCAGCUCCCACAAUCAGCACCGAGAGGACCUCAGGCUCCAGUGACGUCAACCCAUCAAGUGCUGGUGCUCUAGGUAACUUGAGCCACCUCCUCAGCGAGACAGCUCAAUCAUCAAUGCUACUCCCGGUGUAUGACAAGAAUCACCCUGAAACUCCAAACUUGGCACGCCCUAAGGUGCAACCAAAGGAGUUGUUCCUGGACCAGCUUGCUGCCGGUCAUGAGAGCCCAUCAAGCUGCCGGUCAUCAGGUCCAACCCUGUAUUUUCCUUUCCAGCAACCAUUAGGCUAUGGCAAUGAAUGUGGCAGUGGUGAUGGUGCAAAUAUGAAUUCACUCUGGUACAACCAGAGUGAUUUUAACUGCAGCACAAUUUCCACUGUGAUGCCUCCAGUUUCACCGUCAGCCCUCUCAACAUCAAUGGGGCUGAAUCUUCCACCAGAAAAUCCUCGCCACGGAGGCGCUGGCAUUGGCAACGCCCCGUUCUACUGGGAUGGUUCUAAUCCUAGCAGCAGUGGCAGUACUGGGAGCAGCGGAAGCAACAGCAUGGGAUUCGAGCCACAGAGCACAACCUCGAUUUUGGAGAACAGUGUAUUCCCAUGGACAGAUAUUGGACAAGAGAAAGAUACCAGAGUUCACUUAGUGGAGGAACUCAAGUGGCCUGAUUUGCUCCAUGGAACCUUUGCUGAGGCAACCACAGCCAUGCAGAACCAGAACCAAUCAUUAUACGAUGAUGUGAUCAAGGCAGAGAGCCAAUUCAACAUGGAAGGGAUAUGUGCUUCUUGGUUCCAGAAUCAGCAACCACAGCAACAGCUACAAGCAGCAUCAGACAUGUAUGAUAAGGACUUGCAAAGAUUGCCCUUGUCUUUUGAACAUAUCUAGGUGCAAUGCUCCGCCAUGCAUGGAACAGAGAAGAGAUCAGCAGAAGCAGAAACUUGUAAGUCUCACAUAUUGACUGCAAGCUACACUGAAGUGUUUGCACAAAUGUUUUGAUACAGAAUCGACCUCAACACUUUCUCCUCAGUUAAAGAUCCUACAGUGUCAUGGAAAAGACAGCUCUGGCCUUAAGAGUGGCAGAAGAAGGGAUAGAAAAGUACGUUCUAGAGUCUCCCUCUUUUCUCUUGAAAUUUGCUGUUUUCUGUACACGACAACUCAACUUUUGGAUACUUGAGUUUUGGUUCACUCUGUUUAUCAAAUAAAUACAGAUAGGCAUGGGCAAAACAUGUGUCGGUAGCUCUCACAAACCAUACAAGUAGUCCCAACCUUUUCAACUGCUGCCAUGCACGUACAUGCAAAUUAAUUAUUGCAUGUUGUAUUUUUUAUUUAUUUUUGAGAAGUUGCCGACAAAGUGCAGUUGUAUAUUUGUAAAGGAAAAAAAUUGGAACAUUGACCUGAGAGUUAUUUUCA